AUGGCCAAAGAAGAGGACAAGAAGGAAUCGGGCGAGUGGAAGGAAUUUUUCUGGAAUCCACGAACCCAUGAACUGCUUGGACGGACAGCGAGCAGCUGGGGUCUGAUCCUCCUGUUCUAUCUAGUCUUUUACACUUUCCUGGCUGGCAUGUUCUGCCUCACCAUGUACAUCAUGAUUCUGACUUUGGAUGAUUACCAACCCACCUGGCAGGACCGCCUGGCCACACCAGGUAUGAUGAUUCGGCCAAAGGGGGAGUUUCUGGACAUCACAUACAAUAUCGAGAACACAGAGAGCUGGGACGUGUAUGUGCAGGCUCUGGACAGUUUCCUCGCCCCCUACAAUAACUCUCAGCAGGCAUUGAGUAACUACAACUGCCCCCCAGACAAUUACUUUAUCCAGGAAGACAGCGGUGAGGUCCGCAACAACCCUAAACGCUCCUGCCAGUUCAACCGUACACAGCUUGAGGAGUGCUCUGGUCUUUCUGACCACACCUAUGGAUACCAGGAGGGCAAACCCUGUGUGCUCAUUAAACUCAACCGGGUCAUUGGAAUGCGACCAGGGAAAGAUGGUCAGUCUCCGUAUGUCACCUGUGGGGCAAAGAAAGAGGACAGUGAUAAAAUUGGCGAGCUUAUGUACUUUCCUCCAAAUGGGACCUUCAACCUUAUGUACUUCCCCUACUACGGCAAGAGAGCUCAGGUGAACUACACUCAGCCUUUGGUGGCAGUGAAGUUCAUGAAUGCCACUAUGAAUACUGACAUUAACGUGGAGUGUAGGAUCAACUCUAAUACCAUUACCAACUUCAGUGAACGAGACAAGUUUGCCGGCCGUGUCUCCUUCAAACUGAGGAUUAACACCAAGAACUAG